AUGGCGUCAGAAGAUAUUCUUCCAUUCCCAUGUCCACUCAGUAUCGGCACCGACAUCUGCCACAUUCCCAGAAUCCGGCGAAUUCUGACCAGCGAACAUCCGAAGCACGCCGACAAAUUCAGUCGACGAAUUUUCAGUCCGGCAGAGCUGCCUGCUUUUCAAGUGCAGUAUGACAAAUUGUUGCAACUGAGACAGAUCAACUCAACACGGACAUCCGACGAAGAAAAUAGCGAUUAUGGUUUCGGUGUCGACAGUGAUGUACAGUAUUCCAAAUACGGGCGAGAGCUUUCGAAGUUAUCAAAUUGGGUUGCUGGACGAACGCUACAUGGUUCCAAGGUUGAAGGAAGCAAGCUGAAGACCACUAGGUUUGCAGCCAAAGAGGCCGCCAUGAAGGCAUUGUAUCCCUGCCGCCUUAGUUGGCAUCAAGCUGAGGUGUUGAUGAUCCCGGGGAGAAAAAAGCCAGUGAUGGUUUUACAUGCCCCGCCGCCUGCAUAUACAGAUACUACCAAUCAUGAGGACGGAGGUCGACAGCUGCUGAGAAGACAAGCCGCGCAACUAUCAAUCAGUCAUGAUGGGGCUUAUGCUACUGCCACUGUGCUGGCGGCCAACUACUCUUCGGUGUAA